UUUAGACUCAUUUGUCAAUAUUGACUAGACAAACUUGAGUCCGAGCCAAGUUACGAUAAAAAUUGAAAAGCGCCUGCUCUCAAGUUUAACGAGCUAAGCCAAACCUGUCGUUUAUUAAAUGAAUCACUCAACUUGAAUGAGUCGUGUUGUUUAUUAUACACAAAUUUAAGAUAUCCUGAUAUCCAUGAGAAUGUGAUACAAUACAACUUAUUUAUUGCUCUCAAAAUAUUUAUGUAUUUAUCAUUUUAUUUUACAACAUAUAUUAUGAACAAAAAUCAUAAAUCCUGAACGAAGAGUUCCAUCUCUGUAAGCCGACGAAAGAUCCGAGCUUGCGAGCUGUGAUCGGCUUUCCAAGAUUUCAAGCGAAAGGGGUCCAAAUCAAAGCAAGAAGAGAGAAAAUGGGGCUAGAGAUUAUGGAGCCAAAUACUUGCAUUCGUGGCUGCUGCCAUAGCCACACAAUCCCUUUCCAUCUCCGCACGUGUUCUUAUUCAAUUUCUUCCCCAAUCGCCAAAGGUGCAGAAAGUGUGGUGUACGAAGGGGUUCUUGAUGGGAAGAAAGUGGCCGUCAAGAAGCCCGUUUUGUCUACUUCCGGUGACCUAGAUAAGUUCCACAAAGAGUUGCAGCUGCUCAGCAAGUUGAAUCACCCAGGAAUAUUAAAGCUUGUGGCAGCUCAUGCUAGGCCGCCAAAUUAUAUGUUUUUCUUUGAAUUUUACGAGGCUGGAAAUCUUGCGCAAAAACUGCAUGUGGAAGAAUGGAGUCCGAGCAUUGGUCAAGCGAUUGAAAUUGCUAUUCAUUUAGCAAAAGCUCUGCAAUAUCUGCAUAGCCUGGGAAUUAUACAUAGGGAUGUAAAACCAUCAAAUAUUCUUCUUAACGAGAAUCUUCUUCCUCAUCUCGCGGACUUUGGUUUAGCCGAACAUAAGAAAGACCUUCAACAAGUUUCUUUGAGAAACUGGAAAUCCUCUGGCAAACCAACUGGCGGUUUUCAUAAGAAAAAUAUGGUUGGAACGAUUAUUUACAUGGCUCCUGAAGUACUGAGGAAAGAGGUUCAUACCGAAAAAUCAGAUGUGUACAGCUUUGGAGUGACUGUUAAUGAGCUUCUUACGGGUGUAGUCCCUUAUACUGAUCUUCGAGCAGAGGCACAGGCACAUACAGUCUUGGAAAUGAACUACACCGAACAGCAACUUACAGCAGCUGUUGUAUCUGAAGAAUUACGACCAGUUCUUGCUAGUAAAAGAACAGGCGCAUCAAUUGCUUUUCUCUCUUUAAUAAAAAGAUGUUGGGAUUCAAAUCCUCAGAUUCGACCGUCUUUCGAUGAUAUAGUGUCUGAACUCCAUCUGAUGUCAGAAUGUAGAGAAAAAGAAGAAAACUCUACAGAAUCCGUUAGAUCACAUGACCAUUUGGAUAAAACCGAGACGAGAAGUUAUGAACCAACCCCAAAUUGGUUAGACAAAGGCCGGAACUUUCCAGAUAAUUUGCAUCUUUCACUUUCACCCGAAAAUGUGGGGCCCAAGUGGCUAUCUUCGAACGAUGGUUCGUAUUGUCCUAUGUUGUCCUAUGGAUCCUUCUCAACUUGUGGGAGAAGGGAAACUAUGGAGGACACGCACUUUAUGAUACCGAAAUUUUGCAAUCAAAGUGAUGUAUAUUUUUUCGGGAUCUUGGAUGGUCAUCGAGGUGCUGAAGCCGCUGAAUUUUCGGCUGGGGCCUUACCUCGAUUUUUGUGUAAUCUACUUUCCAUGCACAGCCCAAAUCAAGCGCUGUUCGAGGCUUUUGUCAAAACUGAUAUUGCAUUUAGGAAUGAAUUAAUUUCUCGUCGAAAAUCGAGAGCAGUUAUUCAGAAGAACUGCCAUCCCGGGUGUACUGCAACUACUGCUUUAGUAGUUAAAAAUAAAUUGUUUGUUGCUAAUGCUGGCGAUUGCCGAACGAUUUUAUGUCGAGCUGGAAGUCCAUAUGCUUUAAGCAGGGAUCAUUUGGCGAGCUGUCUUGAGGAGAGAGAACGUGUCAUAAGUGCUGGCGGCGAAGUCCAAUGGCGAGUCGACACGUGGAGGAUCGGCCCAGCUGCUCUACAGGUUACACGGUCCAUUGGUGAUGAUGAUCUCAAGCCUUACGUAACAGCAGAACCUGAAAUAACUGAAACUUUGCUUUCGGCCGAGGAUGAAUAUAUAGUAAUGGCGAGUGACGGGUUGUGGGAUGUUUUGAGCAAUAAUGAUGUCAUGAAAAUUAUAAAAGAUACGGUAAAAGAGGCUGGAAUGUGCUCAAAAAGACUAGCGACUGAGGCUGUCGAACGAGGCAGCAAAGAUAACAUAACCGUUAUUGUCAUCUUCCUUCGUCCCGUUUCGACAGCCGAGAGGAUUUAUUAAGCUUUCGAAAGAGAAAUCUCUCUAUAUUCAAUUAACAUUCAAGAAAUUAAACUGUUCUAUAGCCAAAAAAGGAAGAAGAGAAAAAGAUUGCUCAACCAUUAUUAAAGAUUAAUAGGUGAUUGGAUAAUUUGUUGAUGUAUUGGAUGGAUACAUUAUUGAUUUAUUGAUUUUGUAUGUUUUUGGUGCUCCAUUUUGUGAUAAUAUUUUUUGAGUGAUUGUUGAUUUUGUGGUAAUAACAAUGAUAAUGGCAAUUCAGGAUAUCCUGAUAAGUGCAUCAACA